UUGCUUAAACAGCAAAAAUACAGAGACACAUCAUACAAAGUAAUGAAACAGGAAGUUGAAGUUCUGAAAAGUACGAGCUAACGGAAACCAAACUAUUAAAACUGUGGACUGUGUCCUCGCCACACAAACAGUGCUGGGUCAUUAGUGAAUGACAGCCAGUCAUGAAAGACUAUUUAUAUUUUUUCCUCUUUAUGCUUCAUUUCAGUACAGGCUGUAUUGUUUCAAAUGUGAAGCAGACAAAGAUAAUAACAGGAUACACAGGUGGUUCAGUUGUGCUGCCCUGCUCCUGUGCUGAUCCUCAGUCUACGGUCACGACAGUCACCUGGGAGUUUCAAAGCAGUGGAAAUCGAUGGAUUCCAGUAUUUGAAGAUGAGAAAUACAGUGGCAGACGUGUGCUGUUUAAUGAACAUUCUCCAACAGAUCUGUCUCUUCUCAUUACUGACCUCAGAACAAAUGACCAGGGCUACUAUAAAUGUCUGACUGAAUCAAAUACUUUUACAUAUGUUGACUUAAAGGUUACAGAGUGUGAUUUGGUCGAGAACGGAAAGACAGUUGCAGUGACUGGAUAUUCAGGAGAGUCUGUGGUUCUGCCCUGCUCCUGCACUGAACUACUGGCUAAACCUGAACAGAUACAAUGGAUGUAUUUUAUAGCAGCUAAAUAUAAAGAAAUUUACCCAAAUGAACAGACUGGAAGUUACAAGAACAGAGUCAAACUGUUAAACCCAAACACUCCAGGAAAUCUUUCUCUACACAUAUCAGCUCUGACUACAGAGGACCAAGGGCACUAUCAGUGUUACAUCUCGUCUCAUCAAGCAGUCUCUGUCAGACUUACUGUACUUCAUGUUGAAGAAAAACCUCAUAUCAAUACAAUCACUUUAACAACACAUCAACCUUCACACCAAACACAAGACUCCUCAACUUCACAACUUCAACCGACUCAACUCAACAUCACACCAAAUCAACAUCACACACCUUAUUAUGUUUUCAUUCUACUGGGAGUGUUUUUCUCAGUGCUUUUACUGGCAUUACUGGCAUUUAUAUGGUGGAGAUGUAGAGGAGGUAGAAAUAAUAAAAAGGCCACCACUGUUGCUGAAGAGCAAAAGAGAGAACAAGACAAUCAGGAUGACGUGAUGUAUUCUGCUGUAGUCUAUGUUAAAACAACAUCCACACCAGGUCACACAUGCAAUGGCCCAGCAGAGUUCACACAGUAUGCUCCUUUCAAUGUUACACGCUAAAAUAACAAGAGAGGACCUUUAAGUGACUUUGAAGCACAUCAAGAAUGAUUGUAAAGCAGGACUAAACAACUGAGGAAGCUG